CAGAGGGAUUUCCGUGGGCACCCCGCCCCACAAUCCACCCGGCGGCUCCCAUUGGCCCGGGGCUCCUGAGGUCUCGGCCAAUUCAGCCCGAGGGUCCCUGUGGGAGGCCCCGCCCCCACUCGGACCGAGAGGCCACGCCUGCCACCACCGCCCCAGCUGACCCCGUGAUAGGUGAACGACAGCCUGGUAAGGGCCGGACGAGCAGGGCGUACGGUGGGCUCAGGAGCAACGGGCGCCCCUUAGGUCCCACGAAGCCCCCCAUUCCGCCCCACAGGACCCUCGGCCGUGGAUGUUAGAUGUGGAAGCCCAGAUGCCCCAAAAGGAGAAGUGGACAACCCCACCCUUUGACCCGCGCUUCCCCAACCAGAACCAGACCCGUAACUGCUACCAGAACUUCCUAGAUUACCACCGUUGUUUGAAGAACAUGAACCGUCGGGGAAAGAACACGCAGCCCUGCGAAUACUACUUCCGCGUGUACCGCUCGCUGUGCCCCACUAGCUGGGUGCAGCGUUGGAACGAGCAGAUCAAGGAGGGGACCUUCCCGGGUAAAAUCUGAGCGUGAGGCAUCGACCCC